UAAGAUGAUAAAAAUGAAUGAUAUGGCGGAGAUGAAUGAAUGCUGGAAUGAAAUGGCUGUAAGUUUAAGAAGUGUGGCGAAGGACGUACUUGGUGAAACAAGAGGGAAAGGAAAGAUUGAUAGAGAUACAUAGUGGUGGAAUGAUGAUGUGCAAAUGGCUCUGAAAGAAAAGAAGAAUGCUUUUAAAGAAUGGAAAAGUGUGGAAGAGGGUAAUGAUAGAGAAAAGGAAAGCAAGAGGUCAGCUUAUUUAAUAAGUAAAAAGAAGGCCAAGAAAGCAGUCGCAAUAGCAAGGGCCAAGGUCCAAGAUAAGCUUUAUAAACAUUUGGAAAGCCCACAAGGCCAAAAAGACCUUUAUAGAAUAGCAAGAGAGCGGGAGCGGAAUGCAAGAGAUAUCAAUCACAUGAAAUGUAUGAAAGAUGAAGCAGGAAAGAUUUUGACAGAUGACAAGAGCAUAAGAGAGCGCUGGAAGAACUAUUUCAAUAAACUUAUGAAUGAAGAGCAUGACUGGACAGGCGUGCUAGAAAACGCUAGAAGUAAUAUCGGUAUGGUGAAAGAGAUUACUGUAGAAGAAGUAAGGAUGGCAGUGCAAGGUAUGAAGAAUGACAUCGGACAUACAGGAGGAAGCACCCUGGUGUAUGCUGUUCGCCGAUGACAUUGUUCUUGUUGGGGAAAAUGCUCUUGAGGUCCAGAGCAGACUGGGAAAAUGGCAAGAAAGACUGGAAAGUGUGGGACUGAAAAUCAGUAGAACCAAAACGGAACAUAUGUUCUGCGAUUUCGGUGGUCUAUCCAGUUUUUCCCCUAUUGCCUUAGAUGGUGACCUACCAGUCUGCUCCGACUUCCGGUACCUUGGUUCAUUAUUCCAAAAUGACGGAAGCAUCGACCGCGACGUGAAAAACAGAAUAAAUGCGGGAU